ACGUGAGUCGAGUUUUAUGUUUCACACGCACCCCUAUCCAGCUAGCUGGUUCGACACUGCCGGAACUGAAACAGCCCGGCCCCGUGCCACCGAGCACACUGACCUACUUGACGGACUUUGAUCGCAGAGGACAUCAGUCAUCAUGACCAGUUGUGGCGAUCUUUGUAGUCAUCCAGGACUAAGUGAAUGGAUUGAACAGAAUCUGAAGAAACGCAAAGGCUGGGUUGAGUUGGAUAAACUGUGCAGUGCAAUGUCCAGCCUUCCAGACACCCACAGGGCAUGUAGAUGUGAAGUCCCAGAAGUAUUAAAAAGUUCAACCUUUCAGAAGCAUUUUCUUAUUCGAGAGAAUGUGGUCUUCUUGAAGACAAGCUAUGAAAAUGGUCUCAAAAAGUUGAGAAAUCUACUUCAGGAGAGGGGCCCUUUAUCAUUAAAGACACUUCAUAAGAAUCUGAGACAAGUUCUGACAGAGGGUGAAGAAGUGGCACUUGGAAGGAAUAAGAAAGACCUGAAAUCUACCGUAUGCAGUGAGUCCGCAAUUUUCUCAACAGAGCCUUUUACUGGUUUGAUAGUGUUAUGUGGUGUGCAUCCAAUUUUAGAUCAAUCCUGUUGUCAUUCUGGGGUGAUAGGAUGGAUAGAGCAGUGCCUUAAAGAGCAUUCUGGUUGGUCUACCAUUGAUGAUAUGAACAAGUAUAAAUCUCAGCUUUGUGCUGGUAAGCAAUCCUGUAAGUGCGCCUUGGGGUCCUUAAUAAUGCUUCCUAAUAUUCGCAAGCAUUUCCAUGUUCAAGGAAAUUAUGUCUUCGAAAAGUCAUAUUACCGGUCUGGUCUCCAAAAAAUGACAGAUGUUCUUGUAAGGAAUGGUCCAACAAAGAUCAAUGUAUUGCUGAAGAUGCUGAAAGAUGCAGGUAAUCUUUCCGAGACAGAACUGAGGGCCCUUGGUGAGAAUGAGAAGGCUCUUUCGGACACCAUUUGUAAAGAACAACAAUUGUUUCAGCCAUUAUCUCAUUCUGGUCGAGUUCACUUGAAAUCUGGUUGCCGAAAGCCAUGCAGACAUAAAGCUCUAAUUGUAUGGAUUAAUAGCUAUUUGAAUAAAUGCAAUGAGUGGGUUAGUAUUGAAAAGCUCUGUGAAGCCACUUCUAAAAUCCCUAAUUCUGAGAAUCUAUGUAGAUGCGAGCUCUCUGAAGUACUCCAUGAUGAAAAGCAGUCUUUCCACGUUCAGGGUAAUGAUAUUUGCUCACGGUCAUUGUUUUCAUCAAAUUAUAGAAGUGGCAUAAAGAAGAUGGAAGAUUUCUUGAAGAAGAAAGGCCCACAACCAGUAGGUAUAUUACUGAACAUGCUUAAACAAUGCAAGGUAAUGACAGCAAAUGAAGAGAGAGUACUUGGCAGGAACAAAAAGGAACUAGCUUAUACUAUAACCAGAGAGCCAUCAGUUUUCAAGUUUGUAUCUCCUCCGGGUGUUGUAAUGUUGAGGACUAGCCAACACGAAGACAAGAACCAAGUGACCAAAGUUCUUGAGUACCUUGAAAAAUAUCUGAGAACUUGCCAGAAAUGUUAUGUGAAAACUUUGUUGAAACAAGUUGUCAGACAUGAGUCUUUGAGCACAGGAUGUAUUUCCGGGGUACAUUCACUCAGGAAAUUGCUAGCAGCACACCCCGAACGUUUCCUCAUACACGGUGAUGGAAGUGUGUCUCUCACAAAGAGACGCCGAAAGGCCCUCAGUGACCCUCCAAAGUCACAUGGAAUCAAAAGGCAUGGAGCCCCAGAAGUCUCUGUUGAACAGUCUGUAGAUGAACCAGGACAUGCACGAGUGCCUUGUUCAUCUACUGAAGAUAUGAACUCCUCAAAGUCAUUGAAUGCCGGUGACAAGAACAUCAAUCUUGACUCUGCUUCAAUUUGCAAACGAACAGAAAUUUCUCCUGAUGCUGGUAAAAGUGAAUCAUCAAGAGAUUUUAAUAGAGGCUUGUGUUUCAUUGAAAAGCUCCUUGAAAAUCAUGGACCUAUGAUGUUGCAAGACAUUCAUACUUCCAUUGUAGCUUCUUCAAAACUUGACAAGCCGGCAAGAAGAAUCCUUGGGAGAACGCCAGAGGAGUUGCUCUCAAUACUCCUGUUGCAGAAGGACACUUUUCAUGUCAUACCCCCAAGUGACCUUGUUGUGUUGUGCAAGACAGCACAAAUGAAAGUAAAUCCGUGGGUGACUGGUCUGAAGAAAGUAGAAGAGUAUUUAAAAAGGAGUCGUCACUUAGAUGAGCUGGUGGAUUUCAUUAGAAGUAACCUUACUGUACAAGAGAGGCGAGUGUUUGGAGAAUCAAAGAAAAAAGUAAAUCACACUCUUGCCCUCUGCAAAGAUAGAUUUCUGAAUAGCAGUGGCAUUAUUAUUCUUAGAUCUGCUCAUGUACCAUUAUCUAGAGUUGAAGGAGGUGUGACAAAGAGAAAGAUCAAGGGAAAAGAUAAUCCUGAAUGCACAGAAGAAAACACAAGCAAAAAGCGAAAAACUGAUCCCAAAUUUCAGACACCAAGAGGCUCUGUGGUAGUUCAUGUUGUUGAGACAGCUGAAGAAUGGGCACUGGCCUGUUCUUCUCUCUAUGAAAGUAAAUCAUCAGUGGUUGGCAUAGAAUGUGACAGUAAAUGGUUUGUAUUGAAGCAGUGGGAUGGUAAAGUGAUCGCAGCAAAGAUCCAGCGGUGCGUAGCCCAAGCAUCAUCCAAGUCUGAGCAGCCUGUAGGACAGAGCAGGACACCAAGCAAAACGGGAGACAUUUUCGAGCAGUUAUCACUUCUUCUCACAAGUUCAACUAUUCUCAAGGUGGUGUAUGAUGUCCAAAAGAUCUCUUCUAUGCUGCGUGAUAAGAUGCCUCUCAACAUCGAAAAUGUAUUUGAUAUCAAGGUGGCCAAUCAACUCAUCAGUCGCACUAGCCUGUCACAUUGGAUACCCCAUCCUCUAUCAUUCACAGAACUGUGUGAGAGGUAUAGCAUUGUUCCUUCUGCUGUAGUCCAAGUAGUCUCUCAAACUGUCAGUGGAGUUGAUGAUCAGGAUGUCGCAAAUCUGAAGAACAUGGCUGUCCUAACCUGUACCCUUAUACCACAUUUCUUGCGCAAGAUGUACAGAGAUUUGAAUGUGGAUCUUCUCACAGAGCACAACUGCAUUGUUGAAGAGCUCUGUAAUGCAUGGAGAAAAGGACCUCAAUCAAGACUAAGUUCCAGCAGAGAUCCUAACAUAUCUUCAGCUCCAGAGCAGGAAAUGCCCAGCAUGCAAACACCUCAGCCUUGCAUAACUGAUUGCCAUGUACCUGUUGGAGAACCGAGUACUGCUGGAGAAUGUGAUCCAGGGAGACAAUUUCCAGCAUCGGCUGAAGAGCCAGGCUCAGGAACUCAACCUCUGGAGCAUACUAAAGCAGUCUCGGGCCAGGAGCAGGGAACCCGUUUGGCUAGUACUCAUAUCCUAGACCCUCAUCCCCUUCUGCAAUCUGGAAGCUCUUUUAUUCCAUGCGAUUCUGGUUUACGGUCAGGCAUUCAUCCUCCAGGGGAUCCUGAAACAACAUCAAUCCAGGAGCUGGGAUUUUCCCUUAUCAGUGCACAGAUUGUCAAUACUCAUGCUCCCAUUAUGAAAGCUGGAGGAUCCUGUACUCCAUGGGCUAGUGGUUCACAGUCUAGAAAUCUUAGCCCCAAGGAUUUGAAGGCAACUUCAAUUCAUGAGCAGGGAGCUUCUGUGGUCAGCAAGCAGGUGGUGGACCCUUGUGUUCCUGAUACUCCAAUAUUGCAUUCUCAACCUUCUUGUGUCCCAUGGGUGUCUGCUUGGCAGUCAGGAACUCAUGCUCCUCAAUAUACUAAUGCAACUUCAGUCCAAAUGCAGGGGAUGCCAGCGACCAUCAAGCCAAUCCUGAAAAUUCCAAAGCCUGGCCCUAAUCAUAUUGGAGAUGUCUGUCUAGCUGGUAAUGGAGAGGUAGGGAUGUCUGUGCUGAACAAGUGCCUCCCAAACCCUCAAACUCUCUACGCUGAUGUACUGUAUGCUCCUAAAGAAUCUGUUUUGAGCCAUGAAAAUCAACUUCCAACAAACCCUAACUCUUCUGCAGGGAGAGCACAAGAAAUCACAUCAUCAAGCACACAGAUUCCUAACCCUCCAUUGCAGGAUCCACGUGUUCGUCAUGUUGAAGAGCUGUAUGAGGCAUUGGAGGCGGGUUUGGGUGCAGGCAAAUAUCUUCACAAGUAUUCCCGUAAGUCCUCCGCAAAGAAACAGCAGAAACAUCUUUGAUGAGAUCUCUAACCCUUCCUUUCCACAUCCUAGAUUGUCUUAGUUUAGAGGAGAGUUGUCAAUGUGGUAUUUUCUAGGUAAGAGGAGAUUUGAAGAAGUUUUGUAUUUUACAACUUAUUCCUACAUUUUUCUCAGGUAUCAUUACAUGGGCUACAGUAAAUUCCUUACCCAGAUACUAAAGGAUAAACAUUUUUAGAAUCAAAUAACAUAUACUGUACCAAACACUAUCAAAUGGAGAUAUCUGGCACCCAUCUAAUAAAGGAUCUAUUGCCAUUGUGGCAACUACAAUCAAGGUAAAGGCUUUGCAACCAAUCAAAAUCAAGGUUUCUUUCCAUGGGAGUAUACAUGUAAUGCCCAAUUCACAAUUAACUUUAACUAUUUUAAACAGACCCCAGGAUAUCAUAUUUCAGUAUGAAAUUAUGACUUAUGAUUCCUCUACAAUAUUGAUAAUGAAGAUAUUUCUAAUUACAAGUAAUAAUUCUAAACCUGAAUAGACUUUACCAUGAAUGGUAAAAGUGUGUACAUGUACAUCCAUAUUGUCCUUACUAAUCGGCUGAAUGAAUCAAAAUAGGCAGCAUAAUGAUAAUUUUAGGAACUUGAUAAUAUUUGGUGGCUAAUUGUUUAGAUUGAUCAUUUUUUGUAAACCAUAAUUGGAAAAGGUGAUGACUGGAUUUAAUAUAGAUGAAUCCCAUGGCUAUCUGAAGCGCUGCUUCUCUUCAUAUAUGAUAUUUUUUUUUCUCUGAAGAAUGAUCACCCAACUCUAUAUAUCAGAAAUUACCAGUAGUGCGUCUGAAUGUAUCUCUUACCUCCAUAAGGUUUGUAAGAUCAUUGAUCAUGAUAUAAAGCGUUGUUGCAUAUUAGACUCGGAACUGUAUAUUACAAUUGUGAUGUGGAGACGAGUAAGAAAGUAAUUAGAGAGUAAUGAUGUUUUGCUUAAGACUUAAAAGUAUGAAUAUAUCAUUAUGUUUUACAAAAUUUGGCUCAUAUCAUCUUGACUUGAGAUAUCUAGAAAUCUUUGUAUGUUUACAUGCUUUUUGAGUACAUGUAUACCUUGCAUCGUGAGUAACAUAAAUUUGUUCUGAAUUAAGUUAUGUUUUUGUUAUUUUUUUUUUAGUAGAGACUUCCACAUAUUCGGAUACCAAUUGAUAUGAUUUCAAGACAAGUAAUUUGUCAUAUAAUCAAUCAACUAUCAUGUUAUGUUUAUUUUUAAUGUUUUUUAUCAAGACCUAUAUUAAUUGCUUUUUAUAUGCAAAUAAAUUAAUAUUACCACCCUUAUGCUCAAUUGUUUUUAAUGCAUUUUAAGGGUUAGUUGUUUUAAUGAAGUAUCAUGCGUGAGUUGAUGGCAUGGGUUUCUUUGUUUAAUUUUAUCUAUUGGACAAGUAGGGUUUGGAGUGAUUUUGGGAUGUACAUGUAAAUAUCAAAGGAAGAAACUGGGGGAAAUGAGAUAAGAACUAGAGCUGUAAUAUGAGUUUGUUGAUACAGUUUACAAGUUUAAUUAUAGUUUCUAACUAUUUGAAUACGUGUAUAACCAUUAACAUUUCAUUUAGGAAAGUACAGA